AUGUCAGAGAAUUCAGAGUUACCCAAUGCUAUAGUACAAAGAAUCAUUAGAGCUGCUUUACCAGAUAAUGUACAAAUAGCACAAGAAUCUAAAGUAGCAAUAGCAAAGGCAGCAAAGGUAUGGGUACAUUACCUUACAGCUUGUUCAAAUGACUUUUGUCAGAAUGCAAAUAGAUCGACUAUCCUUGGUAAGGAUGUAUUGUCAUCGUUAGAGGAAACUGAUUUCGAACAAUUUAUACCUAUACUUGAAGAAUUCUUGGCCGAACACAAAGCAAAAGAAAAACAAGAACAAAGUUUAAAAGCAUCUAAAAAAGAAAAAGAUAAUGCUGCUGCUGCCGCUGCUGCUAAAGAUAAAGAUACUAAUAGUAGUAGUACUACUACUACUACCAACACCACAAAAGAUAGUAAAGACAAGGAUACCAAAGGAGGUGGAGGAGGAGAUAAGGAUAACAGUAUUUGUGUAUUAGCAAGGAAUAUGAUGUCGUCUCAAUUCAAUAAGAUUGUCGUUGAUAACUAUGUCGUCGAAAUGGACGGUGAUGAAAUGACCAGAGUCAUUUGGAAAAUGAUCAAGGAAAAGUUAAUUUUCCCAUUCUUGGAUUUAAAGAUUGACUAUUAUGAUUUGGGUAUGGAGUAUAGAGAUCAAACUGACGAUCAAGUCACUAUUGAUUGUGCCAAGGCUAUCCUCAAGCACAACGUUGGUAUCAAGUGUGCUACCAUCACUCCAGACGAAGCUAGAGUUGAGGAAUUCAAGUUGAAGCAAAUGUGGAAGUCACCAAACGGAACCAUCCGUAACAUUCUCGGUGGUACCGUCUUCCGUGAACCAAUCCUCUGCACCAACGUCCCACGUCUUGUCACUGGUUGGAAGCUCCCAAUCGUCAUUGGUAGACAUGCUCACGGUGAUCAAUACAAGGCCACCGAUUUUGUCGUCAAGAAUGCCGGCAAGUUGGAAAUGACCUUUACUCCAGCCGAUGGCAGUGCUCCACAAAAGUAUACAGUCUUUGAUUUCCCUGCUGGUGGUGUUGCCAUGGGAAUGUACAAUACCGAUGAAUCAAUUAUUGGAUUUGCUAAAUCAUGCUUUGAAUUUGCUUUGGAAAAGAAAUGGCCACUUUAUCUCAGCACCAAGAAUACCAUUUUGAAAAAGUAUGAUGGUCGUUUCAAGGAUAUCUUCCAAGAGAUUUAUGAUAAGGAAUAUAAGUCUAAGUUUUCUGCCGUUGGUAUAUGGUACGAUCAUCGCCUAAUCGACGACCUCGUCGCAUAUGCCAUGAAGAGUGAAGGAGGUUUCGUUUGGGCCUGCAAAAACUAUGAUGGUGAUGUCCAAUCAGACAGUGUUGCCCAAGGUUUUGGAUCUUUGGGUCUCAUGACCUCUGUCCUUUUGUGUCCAGACGGAAAGACUGUAGAGUCUGAAGCUGCCCACGGUACCGUCACUCGUCACUACCGUGAUCACCAAGCCGGCAAGGAAACCAGCACCAACCCAAUUGCCUCCAUCUUUGCCUGGACCCGUGGUCUUGCCCACCGUGCCAAGUUGGACAACAAUGCCCCACUCGACAAGUUCUGCACUGAAUUGGAAUCUGCUUGUAUUGAAGCCGUCGAAACUGGUUUCAUGACCAAGGAUCUUGCUUUAUGUAUCAAGGGUACCAUUGAUAAGGUCAAGAGAACUGACUACUUGAAUACAACUGAAUACAUUGAAAAGGUUGCUGAAAUUCUUAAAAAGAAACUUAACGUAAAAAGCAAACUUUAA